AAAUAAUGGAGUAUUUUUUGUUUAUAUUUUUUUUUUUCUUGAAUGUCAGUCGCUGACAGCCGCUAAUGUCAGCUCCGAAAUAAUGAUAAAAUGGAGUAAAAUAACUGACGUGUAAAGUGUAAAGUGUAAACCAGUGUAGACACUUCCUACAUUUAUAUAUAUAUUUUAUCAUCAUCACAAAUUCAGUCUUGUUAACAAUAAAAAAUAACUUGAUUAAUUCCGAUUUUAAAAAACAGAUUUUAAAUUAAUAAACUAUACAAUGGAUCAUAAUUUACAACAUUGUUUAAAUCUGCUGAAUGAAAAUGACAAAGAAAUAAAGUUAAAAGCUUUAAAAGUAUUGUUGGAUAUUUGUGAUAAUAUUAUGAAAUAUCCAGAUGACAUUAAAUAUCGUCGAAUUAAAGUUGGUAAUCAAGUUAUAAUGAAUAAAUUAUUACCUGCUUCUGGUGGUAUUGAGUGUCUAUUUGAAAUUGGUUUUCAAGAGGACGGUGAAUAUUUUUUUCUACCAAUGAAUACAUCAAUAUCAAAAAUUAAAGAUGUAAAAAAACAUCUUGAUGAUUUUCAAUCAAAAAUAAUAAAUCCACAAAUUCCAAAAGUAACUGGUACAAAACCAAAAAUAAUUAUAAAUAAACCAACAUUUUUAAAUAAAAUUGAAAGUAUGUUCAAUGAUGUAUUACAAUAUGAAGAUAAAAAUCUUCAAGAAUAUACAAAAAAAUAUAUUCCAAUUGAUGUGCUACAAAUUGGUGCAAUGAAACGUAUGAGAUCAUUACAGAUGAAUAUAAAAUCAAAAAAAUCAAUUGAUAAUACUGAUACAAGUGAAAAUAAAAUAACAAUUGAUGAUUUAUUAAUUGUUGAAUUAUUAGAUUGGUUUAAAAAUAAAUUUUUCACAUGGGUUAAUAGUUUACCAUGUGGUAUUUGUAAAACAUCUUGUAAAUUUAAUAGAACAGAAAUGCCAAAUGAUCCAAGAGUAUCAAGAAUUGAAAUUCAUAAAUGUGCUGAUUGUGGUAAAGAAGAAAAAUUUCCAAGAUACAAUGAUCCAAAAAUUUUAUUGACAACAAGACGAGGAAGAUGUGGUGAAUGGGCAAAUGCAUUUACAUUAAUAUGUCGAACACUUGGAUAUGAUGCUAGACUGGUACAUGAUGAGACUGAUCAUGUCUGGACCGAGAUUUGGUCAGUAGCUUCCAACAGAUGGAUACAUGCUGAUCCAUGUGAAAAUACAAUUGAUCGUCCUCUUCUUUAUGAAAAAGGCUGGAAGAAAAAGUUGACAUAUGUCAUAGCAUAUUCGAGGGAUGAAGUUCAAGAUGUUACUUGGAGAUAUACGAGGGAACAAGAAAUUGUAUUAAAACGUAGAAAUGAAUGUACUGAAGAAUCAUUGUCAUCUUUUAUUUGGCAAUUAAAUGAACGAAGACAAAGUGCACAUGGUUACAGUGCUGCUAGAAAAGCAUUUGUUACUAAAAGACGUAUUAUGGAACUUGUUGAACUUUUGCAGCCUCCACCAGGAAUGAGAGUAUCUGAUGACGAUGAUUAUGGUGGUAGAAUUUCUGGGGAUGUUGACUGGAGGAUUUCACGAGGCGAAUUUUCAGAAAAACAUGAACCAAAUGUUUGGAAAAUUCCAGAAGAUGUUAAAGAAUGUAAAAUUUGUUAUUUUAUUGUUGAAGAUAUAUAUGAAUUAAUUGAUGAUUCGAAAAAAGUUAUAGAUAAAAAAAAUACAUGGAUUAAUGGUAUUUAUAGUUGUGAAAAUAUUUUUCGUAAAAUAGAAAAUGAUUGGAAUAAUGUUUAUCUAUCAAGAAAACCAAAUAGUGAAUUUGGAAAAAUAAUUUGGCGUAUUAAACUACCGAGCAAUAGAUAUCUUGAAAAUUUUAAAUUAACAGCAAUAACUGAAACAUUUGAAAAUGGAAAUAUAAAAUGGUCGGUCAUUGGAAAAUCAAUGGAUACUUUAAAAAAAAUUGAAAUUGAAAAUUGUAAAAAUUUCGAAACAAAAAGCUUCAAUAAUUCAAAUGAAAUAAAUAUUAUUGCUGAAUUGACUGGUGGUAAUGGUGACAAUGCUUGGCAACAUGCACAAUUAUUUCGACAAAAUUUAAAUAAUCCAGAUAAUUGUUCAAUGACUAUAUCACUGAUUUUUAAAUAAAUAUAAAUUUUAAAAAUA